AUUGCACAAAGUUGUGUGAAAACAAAGUGAGAACGGUAUCCGAUGGAAAAUAGUGCAACAGAUCACAUAACAUGAAUAUUCUCCCGAAAAAGAGGUGGCAUGUCCGCACGAAGGAUAACAUCGCCCGGGUACGGCGCGAUGAAGCCAAAGCAGCGGAAGAGGAAAAAGAAAGGCAACGCAGAAUCGAUUUAGCUGAUCAGGAAGCUCGAAUUCAGUUACUUCGCCAGAAAACACGUGCUACUCAGGGUGAUCAAUCUAACGCGACUUCCUCGGAACAUAACGAGGUGGAUCAUCGACUUGCUCGGAAAGAACACGUUAAUUUUUUCUCCGAACUCGAGGAAGGCAAGCACGACGGAGUUAAACGAAGCAAUGUGGAGCACGAAAAGGAAAAGAAAGAGGAACAGGAAAAAUAUGAAAAACAGAUCGGAUAUCUUACGUAUCUCGGGCAGGAUACUAACGAAGCGUUAGGUAAACGCGACUGGUACGAUGAGGCACCAGCGCGAAAAGAUCAAUUGGAUGACCUCGGCAAGCCAGUAGAAGUUGGGAUGAAAACCAAAAACUACCACGAUCCGCUGAACGUGAUACGUAGGAACGUACCGAGUUCAACGUCGUCGUUGCCUUCAGUUGGUGCAACUUCAAAGCAGUUAGAAACAGUUGAACCAGCUCCAGUGCAAGCAGUGCAAUCGAAAACACCAUAUCAACCAUUGAUAGAGCGAACUAAGCGUAAAGAAUCGCGAAAAAGGCGAUUUAGUGAUGAUUCCUCAGAUUCGUCUCACUCAAAAAAGAAGAAAAAGAAGCACAAAAGACACAGUGAAAAGAAGAGAAAAAAAGAUAAACACAAGAAAAAGAAGCAGUAUAAAUCGAGUACCGAUGAAGAGGAUAGCACAGAUGAAGAAGCAGCAACGGCUAAAAAAGUUCAACUGGAGCUGUUGCGCAAAGAACGUCUAAACCGAGAGCGCGAAGAAAAAGAAAGGACGGAACGAAUGCUAGCAAAACUACGGGGCGAUCCCGUACCAGCGCCAAAGCCGAAAGCAACACUGCAAAAUCCUGUACCACGCCAAAAGUACAAUUCCCAAUUUAACCCAGAGCUCGCAAAACAAAACUACGAAUAAACAAAAGUCGUACGGAGUUCUACUCUAAUGACAAGUUUAUUACCAACCAGCUAACUUUUACAAAUAUUUCCCAAACCAUUUAUGAUCGACUGGUGACAACCAUCUGUGACACCCUCCAAAAUUGUUUUGGAUGAUGUAUUUGAAA